AUGAGACAGGCAGAGUACCGCGAUAGUUGCCAGUUUGGCAAUUGGAAUCCCCGAAAGAUGGCGGCGCCGCCAGAGGAGGAGAGCUUGGAGUCUCGCGUCAGUGAGUCAUACGAUGCUUUUACUGCUAUAACGACUAAAUAAGUGACCAAUUUACUUUCAGAAAACUGUGGUAGAUAAUGCGCUGUAGUUUUAGUGUUAUGUGCAUAAUUGCUGAAUGUGCAAUGGACGAUAUCCAAAGUGUUAGCUAGCGUCCUAUAACGUUAGCUAUCCAUCGCGAAGCGCUGCUAAGGUUGGAACAAAAACAGACCUCACUCCUGUAUUGUUUACGCUGAAUAAUGCCUUGACAACCACGAAUAAAGUUUAUUUUAGCUGUUCUUAAUACGCAAUUUGUUACAAAUACAACAAAGUCCGACUUUGAAACUGGUGAAUAGGACUGGCUAAGCUAACUAGCUACAUUAUCCAGUGGCUAUGUGUCAAUACUCAAAGAAAUUGGGGAGGAGUCACUUCUGCUAACGUUUGCAGCAUGUGAACAUGAAGUCUGUCUUUGUGCAUUUGGUUCUAGGGUAGAGAGAAACCCUUGAAAAUGUUGAUAAUCCCCAGGUUCUGGAAUUUGCUUUUAUUCUCCCCAGACAAAGCCACUAACCCUCUGAACAAGGAGGCGGACUGGGACAGUAUCCAGGGCUUCUGUGAACAGCUCAACAAUGAGCCUGAAGGGUAAGGAGGACCAACAUAAUGUGGAGAGCUGGUUAUAGGCUUGCUUUGUCAGUCAUUACUUCAACAUUUUUAAACAUAUGGCAAACCAUACAGGUACUCUUAUUUGAUGUGUCCCCAUGCCUCUAGUCCUCAACUGGCUACCAGACUUUUGGCCCACAAGAUCCAGUCACCCCAAGAAUGGGAGGCCAUGCAAGCACUAAUGGUGAGUAUACUGUUAUCGGGAUAAUGUAUUGGUUGACAUGCUCACUGACAACUCCAUUAGCCAGAAUAUGCUAAUUGUCAGUGAUCACACCACCAGCAGUAACAUGACAUCUAUGUGUCCCUAGGUCCUAGAGAUGUGCAUGAAGAACUGUGGGAAGAGGUUCCACAAUGAAGUGGGCAAAUUCCGCUUCCUCAACGAGCUCAUCAAGGUGGUCUCACCCAAGGUACUGUCUGGAGGGCUAUUUCUCUAGGGUCCAAUUUUAAAUCAGUCACCUUUUGACUGCAUCCCGUUUGAUUUGAACGAAACUUUCCAUACAUAUUUGCCCAUGGUAGAAGUGGUGAGAAAGUGCAUUUCUGGACCUGAAUGUCAAAACAUUCAGAAGAUAAAAAUAAAUAAAAUAUAAUGUGGUUUGACCACCCUGUUUGUAAGGUUUUAAAUGAUAUCAAACUUAACCGUUAAUCGUUUCCAGUGAUGAGGACAUGGAUGUGUCAUGAUAUCGUGGGGUAUGCAAAAUGGGUGAACUUUGAGCACCAGAAUGUUUUGACAUUUAGGUCCAAAAAGUUACUUUCUGGCCACUUCUACCAUGGGCAAAUAUGUAUGGAAAGUUUCGUUCAAAUCAAAAGGGGUGCGGACAACAAGUGAUUGAAAUCAAAUGGAAAAACCCUCUAUGUAACUCAAAACCCUUUAUUAACAAAAACAACACAGUAUUCCUCCCAUCUUAUGUAUGUUUUAAUGUUCCUAAAUCUCGUCUCCUGUGCAGUACCUGGGUACUCGGGCCCCAGAGCCAGUGAAGAAGAAGGUUCUGGAGGUGAUGUUUAGUUGGACGGUGGGGCUGCCUGACGAGCCCAAGAUAGCGGACGCCUACCAGAUGCUGAAGAAACAAGGUGAGCUUUAAUAGUGAUGCUAUACAUAGAAAGAAUACAAGGAGUGAAAUAAAAACAUUCCCUCUGUGUUGAUCCUUUUCUAUCAACUCACAUUGUUUUCAUUAUGCUGUAACAUGCUGACCAGACUGCACGCGUGCAUGUUGAUUUUUUUCCUCCCACACUAGACACGAUCAGGACAUGCAGGUUGAAAUAUCAAAACAAACUCUGAACCAACUAUAUUAACUUGGGGACAGGUUCGAAAAGCAUUAAAUAUUUAUGGCAAUUUAACUAGCUAGCUUGCUGUUGCUAGCUAAUUUGUCCUGGGAUAUAAACAUUGGGUUGUUAUUUUACCUGAAAUGCACAAGGUCCUCUACUCCAACAAUUAAUCCACAGAUAAAACGGUAAACCAAGUUCAGGCUUCCUUCAGGCUUCUUCUUCUUUGGACUUUAUAUGUCGGUUGGCAACCAACUUUAAGAUGUAUUACCACCACCAACUGGACUGGAGUGUGGACCUCAGUUCAUCUUUCAAUCACCCACGUGGUUAUAUGCUCCUAAAAACCAAUGAGGAGAUGGAAGAGGCAAGACUUGCAGCGUGUCAAGCAUCACAAAUAGAACCAAGUUCUAUUUUAGUGCCUGCCCACGCAGACGCUUGCGAGCAGUGUGGGUGCAAUGAUUGAAUAACAUGUAUGUGUACAUUUAUUUUGCAACGCACGCAACGCUUCCGGUCUGAUCAGCAUGUUACGAUAGGAUGAGGAAUAUGGGUAAAUCAUAUGAUUAUUACAGUACUGUAACUGUAUGAUAAUUUCAGGAGUUCACUCAUUUAAUUUUUUAGUUAUCUGUAAGUUCCCCUAACGUGUGCUCCUGAUAUACAGUGGAGAAAAAAAGUAUUUAGUCAGCCACCAAUUGUGCAAGUUCUCCCACUUAAAAAGAUGAGAGAGGCCUGUAAUUUUCAUCAUAGGUACACGUCAACUAUGACAGACAAAAUGAGAUUUUUUUUCUCCAGAAAAUCACAUUGUAGGAUUUUUAAUGAAUUUAUUUGCAAAUAAAUUGGAAAAUAAGUAUUUGGUCAAUAACAAACGUUUCUCAAUACUUUGUUAUAUACCCUUUGUUGGCAAUGACACAGGUCAAACGUUUUCUGUAAGUCUUCAAGGUUUUCACACACUGUUGCUGCUAUUUUGGCCCAUUCCUCCAUGCAGAUCUCCUCUAGAGCAGUGAUGUUUUGGGGCUGUCGCUGGGCAACACGGACUUUCAACUCCCUCCAAAGAUUUUCUAUGGGGUUGAGAUCUGGAGACUGGCUAGGCCACUCCAGGACCUUGAAAUGCUUCUUACGAAGCCACUCCUUCGUUGCCCGGGCGGUGUGUUUGGGAUCAUUGUCAUGCUGAAAGACCCAGCCACGUUUCAUCUUCAAUGCCCUUGCUGAUGGAAGGAGGUUUUCACUCAAAAUCUCACGAUACAUGGCCCCAUUCAUUCUUUCCUUUACACGGAUCAAUCGUCCUGGUCCCUUUGCAGAAAAACAGCCCCAAAGCAUGAUGUUUCCACCCCCAUGCUUCACAGUAGGUAUGGUGUUCUUUGGAUGCAACUCAGCAUUCUUUGUCCUCCAAACACGACGAGUUGAGUUUUUAACCAAAAAGUUAUAUUUUGGUUUCAUCUGACCAUAUGACAUUCUCCCAAUCCUCUUCUGGAUCAUCCAAAUGCACUCUAGCAAACUUCAGACGGGCCUGGACAUGUACUGGCUUAAGCAGGGGGACACGUCUGGCACUGCAGGAUUUGAGUCCCUGGUGGCGUAGUGUGUUACUGAUGGUAGGCUUUGUUACUUUGGUCCCAGCUCUCUGCAGGUCAUUCACUAGGUCCCCCCGUGUGGUUCUGGGAUUUUUGCUCACCGUUCUUGUGAUCAUUUUGACCCCACGGCGUGAGAUCUUGCGUGGAGCCCCAGAUCGAGGGAGAUUAUCAGUGGUCUUGUAUGUCUUCCAUUUCCUAAUAAUUGCUCCCACAGUUGAUUUCUUCAAACCAAGCUGCUUACCUAUUGCAGAUUCAGUCUUCCCAGCCUGGUGCAGGUCUACAAUUUUGUUUCUGGUGUCCUUUGACAGCUCUUUGGUCUUGGCCAUAGUGGAGUUUGGAGUGUGACUGUUUGAGGUUGUGGACAGGUGUCUUUUAUACUGAUAACAAGUUCAAACAGGUGCCAUUAAUACAGGUAACGAGUGGAGGACAGAGGAGCCUCUUAAAGAAGAAGUUACAGGUCUGUGAGAGCCAGAAAUCUUGCUUGUUUGUAGGUGACCAAAUACUUAUUUUCCACCAUAAUUUGCAAAUAAAUUCAUAAAAAAUCCUACAAUGUGAUUUUCUGGAUUUUCUUUUCUCAAUUUGUCUGUCAUAGUUGACGUGUACCUAUGAUGAAAAUUACAGGCCUCUCUCAUCUUUUUAAGUGGGAGAACUUGCACAAUUGGUGGCUGACUAAAUACUUUUUUUCCCCACUGUAAAUAGUAUCUUGUCCAUGCCAAUCUCACUUCUUCUUUUUAUAGUUAUGAUGCACCAACACAAGACAAAACUAUUGAAACUCCUGAGUCAUAACUAGCUGCAUCCAGAAUCUUCUGGGUUUUUUCUUUCACUUAGUCCGUCUAAGUGAGAGAGAAAAAAAAAAAACUGUUUGUGUAGUAUGAUAGAAGAUAAUUACAUAGUGCUCCAGUUAAGUGUUUUGCUCCAGGGAGUGACAGCCAGCAAUAUUUCUUAGCCUGGCUCUGAAUCCAUUGGUUGUGCUGCUUGUGUUUACAAUAACUAGUAUCUUCAUGGGGAAAACAAUGUUAUUACCAACGUGCUGGCAACCUACGGUAUAUACAAGAUGUACUAUACAGUGUAAGGAGUGCCAGUGACAGGCUGUUUAUUCAUGUGACGUGGAUGGGGUUCCCUGCUCUCUUCCAGGCAUUGUGAAGCAGGACCCGGUACUUCCUGAUGAGCCCCUCCCACCCCCUCCUCCCAGAACUAAGAGCGUCAUCUUUGAGGAUGAGGAGAAGUCCAAGGUAAAGAUGACAAUGAAGGAGCCCCUUGAGUUUUGUCAAUAGAGAUGACAUUAGCGGACAAUUUGAAUUGAUGUCAUCUUUCCAUUCUUCCACUGUAAUUUUCAUGUAUUCCCUAACGGCCUGCUCUCCCUCUUUUACCUCACUCCUCCUGUUUUUUCCUAUUUUCCUUCCUCUUCCCUUCCUUCCUGUGUAGAUGCUGUCUCGCCUUUUGAAUAGCACUCACCCUGAAGAUCUAAGAGCAGCCAACAAACUCAUUAAGGAAAUGGUGCAGGAGGUGAGUCCUACUCUGUUUACUCAUGUCUGCAUGAUUGUGUGUGGGUUUGGGUGGGUGCCAGUCAAAUGCAUAUAGGCCUAUUGCAUUCACAACUCAGUAGAUUUAUUACUCGUACGCUAAGUAAACAGCAAGCACUUUAUAUCGUCAAAGCACUUCUAAUGAUUUAUGGAUUCAAUUCUAAACUCCCUCACAAUUGUGAUCUACUAUCCCUACAACUGCUCUCAUAAUUGCACUGUAUAUGCCUGCAAUAAAACAAGAACCUAUGCAGACUUUGGAGUGCUCCAGCUUUUCUUAUCUGGGAAAAUGUUUUUAUUUUUGAUUGCAGUGUUCUGAGUCUGUGUGUGUUCUGUUGCGGUCCUCCAGGAUCAGAAGCGAAUGGAGAAGGUGUCUAAGCGUGUGAACACCAUCCAGGAGGUGAAGGAGAGUGUGGGCCUGCUGACCCAGCUACUGGGAGAGUAUAGCAAGGAGAGCAACUCCCAGAGCAACCAGGAACUCAUCAAGGUUAGCACAGAACAACACCACUAGGGUGGGUCUGUGUAGGCAGUGGGCUAUUACUAAAUGUGUUUGUGUUUGCAGGACCUAUACCAGAGCUGUGAAAAGAUGAGGCCUACUUUGUUCCGAUUGGCUAGCGACACAGAGGACAACGACGAGGCCUUGGGUGAGAAUCAUAUGUUUACAUAUAGUGUGAUCACAUCAAUAGAAAAGGUAUGAUUCAAAAUGGCUGAAGAGUGAUGCAUGCCUCUGUACGGUUUCUAGACAGUUAUAUAUGGUUAUGUGUUAUGUAGUGUUCUGUAUCGACGCAUUGCAUAGCUCACCACUGUGUGCAUCACUGUGUUAUGCCAGCUGACAUCCUGCAGGCCAACGACAGCCUGACGCAGGUCAUCAACCUGUACAGACAGCUGGUGAAGGGAGAAGAGGUGAACGGAGACACCACAGCCAUGCCAACACUACCAGGUGAGAGAGAGGACCUCUGUAGGGACAUGACCUGAACCAGCUGGCAUCUCAGAGGGGCAGACACACUGUUGUACACACCCACAACAUGUUCACACAUGCAUAGACUGAACCUCAGGACAUCCAGCAUAAUCAACCAAGUAGUUUUUCUGUUCAUUUUCACAGAUGUGUUCCAUGUAUUCCAGGUUAGGUGGUUAGUUCUGUGGUUUCAAAACAUUUGCUCACAAAGACUGAUGUGUUUGAUCUCUCCUAUCUCUCCACAGGAAGUAGUACAGCCCUCCUAGACCUGACAGGGUUGGACACCUCGCCCACCGGACUGCCGUCCUACCCAGACACCCCCUCACUACAGACCCCGUCACAAGAACUGGGUAUCAGCCUGCUAGAUGAUGAGCUCAUGUCACUAGGUAAGCAGUAGGUUUAAAUGUCAUUUCUCUAGCUUGUUUACUCUCUUAUUAAAUUGCCCAAUUAUUUUCCAACUUGUCAUGACUCGUCUAACUGUGGUUAUGCAUCAUGUUCUCUCCCGGUUCGUGUUGACACCUCUUUCUGUUGUUGUUUUCACUCAGGACUCAAUGACGUAACGCCCAACUCUACCCCCACUCCUCAGUCAGGAGACUGGAACUCCUUUCAGGUGAGAGAGAGUUGUCAGCGUAUGACACAUACGCAAAAGCACACACAAUUUCCCUAACCCGUUGUUUUUCUGCGCAGUGUUCUGACAGUGUAGAGCCAGUCGUCCCAGCGGUGCCUACUGCAGCAGUGUUACUACCGGCCGUGACCCCUAACCCCCAGGCUCCGUCAGGGGGGCCCCCCGCCGCUCCCUCUAAAGCCCUGGAUGAGUUAGACCUGCUGGGCAAGACCCUUCUGCAGCAGGCCCUACCCCCGGGGACCCAGCACGUCAAUUGGUAAACACUGCAGGCCAGAGGGCAGCUGCUAAUCUGUCACACAAACAAUCUGUAUUUUCUUAAAAAAGCUGACCCCUUUCUCUCUCUCCCUCACAGGGAUAAGCUGCAGCCUCAGUCCAGACCCACCCUGCGAGACCUCCAGACCAAGUCCAGUACCAACACUACUAGCACCACCACCCCCAGCCCCAUCCUGGCCUUGCCCUCGGAGCAGCCUGGGUCUCUCCUAGACUCCCUGCCCAGCCUUGGGCCUCCUGCCCCAGCCCCCCAGAAUGAUAUCUCCCUAGCUAACGUGACUGUGCCUCUGGAAUCAAUCAAGCCCAGUAAGCCAAUUGUCUGAUCAAUCUGUAUUAUUGUAUGGUUGUUUUGAACAUUAGCAAGAAAAAUACCUACUCAGCCUCCAAAUAUAUAACUAUAACAUACCCAGCCAUUACCUGUGUCUCAACAUGCCUCCAGACAUGGUGAUGGCUGGGUAUGAGCUAACCCUAACCCUCUGUCUGUCCUCUAGGCAGCUUGUUACCAGUGACUGUAUUUGACAAGCACAGUUUGCGGGUGCUGUUCCACUUUGCCCGUGACUCUCCUCCCUCUCGGCCUGACGUGCUGGUAGUGAUCAUCUCCAUGUUGUCGUCCGCCCCCAUACCAGUCACCAACAUCCGCUUCCAGUCUGCAGUACCCAAGGUAGGUCCUGUCUCAUUCCUGUCUCUCGAUCACCGCUCUCUCUCUCGCACUCUCUCUCUCAUUUUUCUCUUCUACCUCUGUAAUCAUUUGUUUGUCCCUCAUUUCUCCUCCGUCUGAUUAGAUGGUUGUGUUCUGUGGUAAGCUAUGUGGACUGUGUUGUGACUGUAGUUUAAGUGUAAUGUGUUUCCUCCUCUGUCUGUUUCUAGGUGAUGAAGGUGAAGCUACAGCCUCCUUCAGGCACUGAGCUUCCAGCCUUCAACCCCAUCCUACCCCCCGCCGCCAUUACACAGGUCCUACUGCUGGCCAAUCCUCACAAGGUGCUACACACACACACACACACACACAGAGACUCCUCCUGCCUGCUUUCCAAGGUGUUUAACAAGCUCAUUAAAAAAAAACCUGACAAGUCAGCAUCUCGUUUGUAGCUGUGAAACGCCCUGAGGUGACAAUGAAAACGGUCACCGUGGCAACAAAACAGAACUUAAACAUGUGCAAGCAGAAAGCAUGUUCAUUUGGGACUUGUGUCCCUGUUCCUGGUGUAGCCUAAAAUGGUUCUGUUCUUUCUUUCAGGAGAUGGUCCGGUUGCGAUACAAGCUCACAUUCGACCUGGGAGAAGAAUCACACGACGAAUCCGGCGAU